AUGUGCGUCGACUUCACUGACAUCAACAAAGCUUGCUCGAAAGAUAGCUUCCCGCUUCCCCACAUCGACCUCAUAGUUGACUCGACAGCGGAUCAUCGCAUGCUUAGCUUCAUGAACGCCUACUCGGGGUAUAACCAAAUCAGUAUGAAGCCUGAGGACGAGGAGAAGACUUCAUUCAUCAUAGACCGAGAUCUGUACUGCUAUAAUGCGAUGCCCUUCGGUCUAAAAAAUGCAGGGGCUACCUACCAAUGGACCUUACAGCAACAUUUGGACGAUUUGAGAGAGGCUUUUGCGAUACUACGGCAAUACCAAAUGAAGUUGAACCCAGCAAAGUGCGCUUUUGGUAUCGGGUCAAGAAAUUUUUUGGAGUUUAUUGUGUCCAAACUAGGCAUUGAAGUCAAUCCCGAGAAGGUGGAUACCGUCCUUGUCUUGCGGAAGGCGAAGACAUGGGAUGACGAGUGCAACCAGGCAUUUGAAGCCUUUAAGAAGUACCUCGCAAGCCCCCUGCUCCUUGGCCAACUGCAAAGCGGGGAAACCUUGACCUUGUAUUUGGUCGAAUCCCUCCAGGCGGCUUCUUCAAUUCUAGUAUGCGAGGAAAAGAGGAUACAAAAGUCGGUCUACUACAUCAGCCGAGCAUAUCGCGGGGUCAAAGCCCGAUACCCCAGCAUAGAGCAGAACCAUUCGGGAGGAUUGGUACUAGCUGGAAAAGCGACGAGUGAGGGUUACUACUGGCCUCAAGCCCUCCAAGAUGCCAAAGGCUAUGCACGGAAGUGUCAGAAAUGCCAGGAAUACACCCAAAUCCCCCAUUGCCCGCCAGAGAAGUUAACGUCAAUCACGUCACCUUGGUCGUUCGCCCAGUGGGGGCUUGAUUUAGUCGGCCCACUUUCCCUAGGCAAAGGAGUCAAGUUCCUAAUGGUGGUCGUCGACUAUUUCACCAAGUGGGUCGAAGCUGAAGGCUUAGCCACUAUCACUGCGAGCAAUAUCGCGCGAUUCCUAUGGAGAUCGAUGGUUUACAGGUUCGGCGCCCCGCACACUAUCAUCUCGGACAACGAAAGGCAGUUCGAUUUUGAUCAUUACCGAAAUUGGUGCCGAGAGUUGGGGAUUGAGUUCCGAUACUUUUCCCCGGGCACCCUUAGUUCAACGGACAAGUUGAAGCGACCAACAAGACGCUGA